AAAAAUCCGCCUUUACAACCCGACAAUAGUAAACUUGAGUGUGAUAAUGAAUGAGUUUCUAAACCGCGAAAGAAAAUCCGUUCGUUAUUUUAAGACCGAAAUUUAUUUCUGACUCGACUUUGCGUUAAACGGACGCGCUAGAUAGUGAAGGUGAACCGUAAACGACCCCUAAAACCAAAAUACUGAUAAUUUUAAAGAAAUUUGAUGGUUUAUAAUCACAGACACAAAACGCGCGUGUUUAGUCGAACCAAUGGCAGCGGAAAAAGUUGAUCCAGUGCUCAAAGAAAGAUGCAAAGAUCUGAUCCUCGACCUUGACACCCUCAGGGAAAUCUCGCGUCGCUUCCUGCACGACGUGGACAAAGGGCUUCGCAAAGACACCCAUGCCACGUCCAUCGUCAAAUGUUUCGUGACCUACGUCCAGGACCUGCCCAAUGGGACCGAAAACGGGAAAUUCCUAGCUCUAGAUCUGGGCGGGACCAACUUCCGCGUCCUUUUGAUCGAACUGAGUAAAGACCAUUUCGAAAUGAGAUCAAAAAUCUACGCUAUUCCCCAGCACAUCAUGCUGGGCUCUGGAGAGCAGCUUUUCGACCAUAUUGCCGAUUGUCUCGCUUCGUUCAUGAAGCAGGAGCAAGUCAUUGCCGAGACGCUGCCUUUGGGGUUCACUUUCAGUUUUCCCUUGACGCAGAAGGGCCUGACUAAGGGGAUUUUGGAGAGGUGGACGAAGGGCUUCAACUGCUCGAAUUGUGUCGGGAACGAUGUUGUUCAGCUGCUCAAAGAUGCUAUAGCCAGGCGAGGGGACAUUCAGAUCAAAGUGUGUGCCAUUUUAAACGACACCACUGGCACCCUGAUGUCCUGUGCGUGGAAGAACCCGAACUGCCGAAUCGGCCUAAUAGUUGGCACUGGCAGUAACGCUUGUUACGUCGAGAAGCAAAAAAACGCCGAACUCUUCGACGACGAGGACAAAGGUUCCGGAAACGUGAUAAUCAACCUCGAAUGGGGCGCGUUCGGCGACGACGGAGCCCUCGAUUUCAUCCGAACGGAGUACGAUCGUGACGUCGACGCGAAUUCGGUGAAUCCCGGGCGCCAACUGCACGAGAAAAUGAUUUCGGGGAUGUACAUGGGGGAAUUGACGCGUCUAGCCUUGGAGAAAUUCACCAAAGAAGGGCUGCUGUUUGAGGGCAAAGCCUCGGAUGCGUUGUUCACGCGCGGGAAGUUUUACACCAAGUACGUGUCAGAGAUUGAGGGCGACCCUGCGGGGGUGAUAACGAGCUGUCGGGAUAUUCUGGAGGAGUUGGGGAUUUAUCACGCCACGGAUCAGGACUGCUUCAAUGUGAGAUACGUCUGUGAAUGCGUUUCGAAGCGGGCUGCGGAUUUGGCGUCCACAGGGAUUGCCACCUUGUUGAAUAAAAUGAACGAGGCGAGGGUCACAGUGGCCAUUGAUGGGAGUGUCUAUAGGUACCAUCCACAUUUCCAUGACCUUAUGAUGCAAACGAUUUCGACUUUGGUCAAUCCGGGAAUUAAGUUCGAUUUGAUGCUGUCGGAGGACGGGAGUGGACGAGGGGCCGCUCUGGUCGCUGCUGUGGCCUGUCGGACCCAACAGAAGGGAUAGACAAUUGGGAAUCGCUUCGAGACGAUUCUGUAGCCAAAUAUACACGAAUCUAUUUUUGUUAAAGUCGAAUAAAGAUUAAUUUAUUUA